AUGGCCGACACGGAUCAGAUCUCGCCCACGAGCGCGGGUCCCAGUCUCGCUCCGUUCGAGACUUUACAGCAGCAAACCUCGCACCAUCGAAGGGCCAGACCUCCUGCUCUUCAACUCGUCGCCAGCGAUGAGAAACGCAUUCCACUGCGCGCAGACAGGACGGCAGACAGGCCCAUCACUGACAAGAUGCAGAGGCGCGAGUCGAGGCUCAAUCUGAGGAACAUCUUUGGCAGGUCAAAAACGCCCAAGGACGUGGACGAGGCACCACUUCAGAGGGAGCUGAACCGCUCUGGCGGUAUCCGCAACUCGUUGGCGGAUUUCGGCAACUGGCCUUCUUAUAAGCAAUCGCCGCGAUCCGAGAUCACGCCCAUCCUCGAGUCACACCCCAUCUCCCCCUUGGUUGCCACUCACCCGCCAGUCAACCACGACAUUGCGAAUAAGCAGAGGGCGCCGGCAUCGGCCUCCAAGCCAAAGACGCAACCAGCGCCCUAUAAAUCGCCUCGAGGCCAUCUUGCGACUUGGGACCCUCCACCUCUCUUCCAGGCGUACCCGCAGGCGAUCAAAUAUGCUCAUCUGCCCGCCCCUAUCCUUUCGGCAGACACCAUUCUCCGACACAAUGAACGGAAAGGCAGCCUCACUAUUCGUGAAGAUCUAACGCAGUUGUCCCCCGAUGACGACCCAACCGGUGAGAAGGCAAAGAAGCACCGACGAGAACCCUCUGGAUCUGCGAGCAAGCAGGAAUGGACCACCAAAAUUUACGUCUUGUGCACUUCGGGUUAUCUUCUUCAGUACUCCGGAGAAGGCCACUUCGAUCGCCUGCCAGAAAAGAUGCUUCAACUCAGCAAAGACUCGGCGGCUUUUGUCAGUGACGCCCUGCCCGGCCGCCACUGGGUGCUUCAGGUGUCCUCUGCCAUGGAUGCUGAUGGCAUGACAUCGACUGAUUCUCGGUCUCUCUUUUCAAGGCUGCCUUUCCGGGUGACGGAGAAGCGUAGCGCAUCCAAUUACCUCAUGGUUUUUGAGGGUGCCGAAGACAUGGAGUCCUGGAUCGCAAUUCUGCGGAGGGAAAUUGAGGCCCUCGGCGGAAAGAAAAAUACGACAGAGACGGGCCGUCCGAGGAUGGACGGGAGCUUUGUACAGCUCAAAUCGCAGUCAAGCCAACGGACGCUCGUCGUCAGAGACCCAUCACGCUUCUCGCGCGUUGUGCCACCAGAAUUCUCGUGGCAUGCGAACAAGAGUCGCAGUGACGUGGACAGCUCCACGGUUAUCGCAGAGUCCGACGCCAUUAUGGAUCCCUCGAUCGACGACGUAUCGACAACCAACAGCGUGACGUCCAAUGAAGGGCGUCAACUCGAUAGUCUGCGAGACAGCGCCAACCGCCUAUCGUACAUCUCCUCCGGCCAACGAACUAUCGUCACGUCUUCCAAUUCUUCGCCAGCUUGCUCUCCGACACGGGACGCCUUCAACCCACCGGAAGAGCUAUCCUGGCAGGAUAUGCCUCUGCAGUUGAGACCCCGGCCGAAUGCCGCAGCGAUCAUGGAUCGGAGGCAGUCGAUGCAGACUAUGAACUUUGGCAUUGUCCAUCCAAGUGGUGAUGCACAAUACUCAGGGGUAGCUCCCGAAGCGCCUAAGCCAGCACCUACUCCGAACUUCAGUGUCCCAAUCUGUAAACGCUACUCGCUCGUCAAGUCGGCUUCAGUCGACUCGAUUGCGCAUGCUGGCGAGACAACAAGACCUCGCGAGACUUUUAUGCGGCCACAACGAAGAGCUCCACCGACGGCACUGUCCAUGGCAAGGCCGCUGUCGAUAGUCACUGAUCACCCAUCACCAGUGCAGGACGACGUCGAGGCGACUGGUGUUUUUGGUGGGAGAAGCGCCAAGGAAGGCCCUCAGUCUCCAAGUUACGCGUCAAUCAGGUCGACUGGCUCAAGCAAUGGACGGUUGAGAUCGCCGACGUUCCAAACCCGCAGAGCCAGCUUUAAUUCGGAAAACACAGAAACGACAGCACCUGCUCGUGUCAGCCCCAGAAAAUAUGCGAGCAUGCACUCGCUCCGCAGCUCCGGGGACUCAGCAGCCUCGAGCGUUGCACACAUGACCAAGUCAUCGCCGCCACCUCCAGUCCCGCGGAUCUCCGAGGUUGCUAAAUCUUUGGAGGCGUUGUCUGAAGUGUCGGGGAAGCAUCAUGCUCAUGUACUGUCCACCCCCCAGCAGCGGAGCAGGAGAACGGCAAGCGUUUACCUGGAGGCCCCAGAUCGAUCCUCCUACGAACGCCCAGCACGCUACUCCAUCGGCCACAUGUCGGACCUGAAAAUCAAGGUUGAUUCGUUUGCCCCCGGUGCAUCAUCGCGUGUCGCACUUUGGUCCUCCCGACCGAUGCCGACGCAGCCUGCCCCAGUCCCUGGCAGGAGGCGCGCGGGAUCCGACACUGGAGGCUAUUCGAAAGCUCUGCCAGGCCGAAGAAGCCUGCCGCAGCUUGCUGAAGGCCCUCCGCCUGCGCCUCCCCCAACGCGGGCUCUGCCUCCGAUUCCAGCGCCGCCGCCGACCUGUGCGCUGCCACCUAUCCCUCAGAAGGUGCGUGUUGCUUCAUGA